UUCCAGAGGGGACGGAAUAACUUAAAACUAAGUGGAGCUUGAAACCGUAAUGUAGUGUAUAAAUCAAUUACCUUAUUAAAGGAGGAGUAGGAUGUUUAUUUGAUGUUUUAUGUUUGGUGCGAUAGGUCUGUAUGGCGUACGAAGGUUUACUUAAUUAUGGAAUGUUUAUGGUAAUUGAUGUGAUGCUGUUUUUUUUUUUUUUUUUUUUUUUUUUACUGAACAUGAAUCACGUCGAUUGAAUGUUAGUCGUGUUUGUGCAUUUGAUAUUGUCUGUGUGUUGCACGAUGAUUGCGUUGAUCAAUGAAUGUGUUGAAGAUAUAUAAAGUGACACCUAAUAACUUCGAAUAAUUUGAAGAUGAAUGCGAAUGAGAAAUUUUGACUUGUAAGAAAUGUAAAUAAUUAUAAUUAGCGGUUACUAAUUAAGAUAUGAAAAUGUUUGUGAGUAGCGUUUAUAUACCAUUUCCCUGCAACAUCUCGGUCCACGACAGUUCGUAGGUUGUGUGUGUGUGUGUGUGUGCGUGUGCGUGUGCGUGUGUGUGUGUGUGUGUAUGAAGUUCAACACUGGCACUGUUCUCAUAUACAAUGCCAAACUUUAUUCUUUUUUCAUCUGACAGUUUUCUUACGUUUCUCUGUGAUGUUCAUCGCUGCGUGCCGCCCCAUUAUGUUAUCCAGCAAGACACAAAUGGCAAUAAGCAACCUCACCGAAGCAAGGGCAUGGCUUAUAAAGCUUCCUCGAUACCACAGAAGCCACGAGGUACUGAAGUGGCUUAGCUUCGUGGCUGGUGUCGCGUCAUCAGUUCCGUUGUGGCAGCGGUGCAGUGUAAGAUGAAGUCCCUAAGAAUUAUGAUCCUUGCCUUUAUUGCAGAUAUGCAAAUGUCAUACGCGUCCAACUCCACCCAAAACCAAAGUUGCUCCUGUACAGAGAACAUGCCAGUGUGCGGCGUACGUGGCGGCGGUGCAGCUGCUCUUCAGAAGAUCGCGGGAGGCAGCAUAGCGAUAAAACACGAAUUCCCGUGGCAGGCAGCACUGUUGGAUAAAAAGAAAAAGUUGCUAUGCGGCGCCGUGGUAAUCAGGCAGGAGUGGGUGGCGUCUGCUAGUCACUGUCUGCAAGGUUACAAGCCACACGAGAUCACGGUAGUAGCGGGCGAACACCACCUGCUGAAAGACGAGGGGGUGGAGCAGCGUGUGGUGGGGCAGGAGAUAUUUGUACACCCACAAUACGUAGCUGUCACUGAGGAGAACGACAUUGGCCUCAUCCAUUUAGCACAGGCUCUGCGUUUCGAUGGGAAGACCGUCAUGCCUAUCUGCAUGCCUACUCCGGACCACCUCACAGAUGGUUAUCCUCACACUAGCUGCGUAGUGACGGGCUGGGGCUCCGAGAAGGAGGGCGGUGAUAAAUCUAAUGUCCUUCUCAAAGUUGUGGUGCCGCUCAUCAGCGACGAGAAAUGUCGAGACUGUUUUCUUAAGGAACACAGAAAAGUUACCGACCAAAUGUUAUGUGCAGGAUAUCCGCAAGGCGGCAAGGACUCGUGUCAGGCUGACUCUGGCGGGCCUCUCGCCUGCCGCAAAGAAGGCAACGUGUACUUCCUAGCCGGCUUGGUGUCGUGGGGGAAGGGCUGUGCGGAGCCUAACCUACCAGGCGUCUACACUGAGGUGGCUCACUACCUUAGCUGGAUGAACGCCAUCAUAAAUGGGUAAGACUGCUGUAGUACAGUCGGCCAUGCAAACUCACUUCCACCACAGCGGCCGCGCAAGAGUUAAGAGAUUUGACAACAGCGGCGUCACCACUAGUACCUACAGGUCUCCAGAGCUUCCCCAAAGACGAUGCCCAGCGCCGCCAUCUAAGGGAAUGGAAGACGGAGCAGGGCACUGCUGAACGAACUCCAUUCAUGAUCCAAGUUUUUAUUACACUCCCAUAACUUCCAGAGAAAUGAUGGCGUCAGCAGUGAGGGAAUAUCAAGACGUGUGUCUCAGUUAAGUUCCCCUUGCUGGCACUGUUGCUGCCGCUGCUUCUGCUGCUACUGCUGGUACUGCUGCUGUUGCUUCUGCUGCUACUGCUGCUGCUGCUGCUGCUGCUGCUGCUGCUACUGUUACGGCAGCCGCCGCUGCUUUUGGUGAUGCUGCAUCCGCCGCCGCCACCACCGCUGCUGCUGCUACUGCUGCUGUUACACGGAAAGUUCAUAAUAAUGUGGCAAGUUAGCAUGAAGUUUCGUCAGAUAAUUUUUCUGAGGCGCUGAUUCCACUUGUGAACUUGAUACAAAUGCCUGGUCAUCCCAGAGAGGUUUUCAUUUUUUUUUUUUUUUUUUUUCCACAAUCACAAUUCAAAACAACGUCUGGUCAGCCACUUCGACAACUUGCGUUCGGCAGGCCGAGAAGAUCGGUAAUGUUUCUUCCUCCAUGCCGAGUUGAUGCUUCAUCUUCAGGAACAAGUUUUCUGUGUGAUGAUGCGACAUCUUUGAAUUCAUACUGUUGCCGACGCCACCACCAGGUGGCACCACUAUAGCACUCAGUGCCAAGAAGGCAUUUACCUUUUAUAAUUAAACGUGUGUGUGUGUGUGUGUGUGUGUGUGUGUGUGUGUGUGUGUGUGUGUGAAAAUUUCAGAUUUAAUAUUUCUUACAAAAAUAUGCACGUUCAUGUCUUAAAAUUAUGUAAGAGAAUUGAUAAGAUGUGCAACAAUAAACACUCGUAAAGAAUCAAGUAACAGCGCUGUCAAGUAGUGUAAGACUGGGUGCAAGGUUUACAAUUGAUCUUUCUUCAUUGCUGUGGUGUAGGUGCUUGCUCCUCCUUCUCCUCCUCCUUUUCCUACAACAACAACAACAACAACAACUACUACUACUACUACUACUACUACUACUACUACUACUACUAUUACUACUAUUAAUAAUAAUAAUAAAUAAUAAUAAUAAUAAUAAUAAUAAUAAUAAUAAUAAUAAUAAUAAUAAUAAUAAUAAUAUUGUCGCUAUCACUAUUGCUACUACUACAACUACUUUUACUGUACUACUACUACCGCUACUGUUGCUAACACUACUUCCUUUAAUUCAGUAGCGGAGAUGAUUAGUAACACUGGUGGUAGUAGUAGUACUAGCAACAGCAGCAACAGCAGCAGUAUCAAUUCCUUGCAGCGAGCCUCAUCGUUACAUAUGGCACCAAAUCAGUCACAAAUGCAAUGCUUUCUCGUUUCAGGCAAGUUUUCUAAUCCUCACCGAUAGCAAGCAAUCAAAUUUCGUAUCUGUCCCUCCAAGCACAGGAGUGUUACUUCAUUUACACAUUUAAGGAACAACAACUACGUACGUGUAACCCUCACCCACAGCAACUAAAAUCACGAAUUACUUCCUCAUUUUCUGCAGUACUUCUUCGAAUACUGAAAUGAAUCUGUCCGUAUGUAAGAUAAUAGAAAAUUUCUCUGAAAUAUUAACCUUUGGCAACUCUCAGCACUUAAGCGCACACGUCCUGCCGGCUGGCACAACCACCACUUGCCGUCUCCUCCCUUGACCGUGCAGAGCGAGCGUCAGGGCCCAGCAGACUAAGCACGUUGGGAGCCGCGGCCACAACCAACCCACGACCUCGCUGAUUAACUAAAGCAAGCAUCGUGUGGCAGUGCCGGCACCGCCAACACGAGUGACAAACGCCCCCGCAUCAUUCUAACUCCAGCAGCAACAGUGACGCUCACCUAGACGGUGGUGAUCAGAGCCUUGCCAAUACCUUCCUGCCGGGGGACUUCACCAAGAUCAUGGAAUACGAUGAAUAUAAAUAUUCCAACUACUCGUACACAGAUAGCUGGGAAGAGGAGGAUUACCAUUAUUCACCACCUUUGAUCAGGACCGUGCUGAUGAGUCUGGCGACAGCUAUCGCGCUGCUGGCUAACGUCCUCUUGCUGGUGGUGCUGUGCAGCGCUCCGUCACUCCUCAACACCACAUCCAAUGUUAUCUUCCUACAACGUGCCAUCGCCGACUUGUUUUCUUCAAUCGCAAUGGUAUUCUUCACCGUUGGAACAACAGGAGUCGACAUUAUUGUGACAGGCACGUGCAUCACGUUCAGUGUCAUAAUACACGUGGGAACGGUGGCCAGCAUUGAGUUCUUGAUGGCGUUUGCUAUGGACAGCUACUUGGCAGCAUACCCUCAGCACCACCCACCCCCUUCCCGGCGCAAGACGAUGCGGAUGACUUCCGCGCUGGCCUGGGUCUUGGCCGCUGCUGCAGGAAUUGCCGCUAUUGUCUUCACCGAAGCGUCGGGGAGAAUGUGUUUCUUAGGGCCGUUCUUUCAGAGUUGGAACGUUUAUAUUAAGGCACUAGAACUGGUUGUCAUGUUCUUGGUACCGUUAACAGUGACGUGGGUGUUUGUGAGUAUGGCACUCCUGCCUCUCCCCAACUCGUUUUCCGCCGAAGCAAGAGAGCCGGGUGAGAAAGGCCCAAACCGCAGUCUAAUGCUCGGCCUCACGUCUGCCUUCACUGUAGCGUACUGCCUCUAUUGGAUCUUUGAAAUAGUAAUAUUUUCUGGAUAUUAUGGUAGCUGGCUACUUAACCUUCAUUAUAUUAUAGUGACACUACCCACUUUCAGCGAGGCUGUAAAUCCCAUCCUGGUGAUCUGCCUGACAGAGGAUCUGAGACAGAAGGUGGCUGGCUGGCUGCCGUCUCGCCGCCACUCCACCUCACUGCCACUCGGGGAACUGUGAGUGGCUUGGCGGAUUGCAGCUACUCUGGGCACUGCACCCUUGAUACUUGUUGCUGCCUUGAUCACUGAUUCGUGUCUCCAACCACAAAGGUUCUUCUAAGAAGGCCUGAGUAGCUGUGUAAUGUGUACGAGUUCGAGGGUCAUCUUGGGGCAACAAUGAGAAGCAUAUCAGUCUGGUAGCCUUAGUGUAAGUCGUAGAAUAGUCACACAUUAGUUGCAUGCCAUCACUGGUAAGUUCCGGUGACACAGAGGGUUUCUUGCGGCCUUCACAAAGUAUUAUAUGUAACUUUUUUUUUUUAAAUGCAACCAGACUGAGCUUAUCAAUUGUGUUACAUCUCUUAAACUUACAUUUCCUUACCACUGUAUUCAGAAAUUUGGCUAAUUAAAGUUUGAAACCCAACAGAAUAUUCUUAACAGGCUUAUGAGAUUUAUAUCGCUCGGAAAUAACAAGUAACAUGUGUAGACUCAAGCAUGACAGAGAUGGCAGAAAGGGAGAAACGAGAAAACACGAGCCGGUGCGAUUACCUCAAGUAUUGAUGUAAUACUGGACCAAAUGUUUCACAAGAAAAUAUAUAAAUAAACAAAUUAUUAAACAAAA